GCCCGGUUUGUCGCCUUGCUGGAGCCAUUUGGUUCAUGUCGUUCAAUCGCGUGAUCUUCCAUUGGAUCCUAAAGACGUAAAUUAUUUCUCUACGAUAUACUUUUUACUUCAAUAGAGAAAAAAAGAGAGAGAGAGAGAGAGAGAGAGAGAGAGAGAGAGAGAGGGAGGGAGGGAGAAGGAGAAACAGAACUCUUAGAAAUGUAUCGAUGUUUUUCUAUUACAUAGAUAAAAGAACCAUUACCAAGAUGGAAAAAAUAUCGAUGGAUAAAUUGGGCGAUCGAUCGAGGUUUGCUCGAUCCAUUUGAAUAUUUUGUUCCUAUACGUUGUUUAAAAAUUGUCAGUUCAUUGAGAGAAUCCAAGGAAGGAAUUUUUCCAAGGAAAAAUCAACGUUUCUUCGUUAAUGAAUUUUUAAAGGAAACAAAAAAUCAGGAAGUAAUGUCUCCUGAAAAAAAUGCAAACGAAGAUAAGAUCGAUGACAAUAGUUUUUGGUGUGAUUUCAAUAAAAUGGCAUCUUAUGUUAAAGUCAUUCAACUCUUUUAUAAGCCUGAAUAUUUUGGUUAUAAUUUAAGAAUGUCAGAUUCCUUUUUACUGGAUGAUCAAAAGAACAUAAAAUUGCCAUCGAAGAAACAAAAAAAAGAUACCAAGAAAGGUAGUAAAAAGAGUCCACCGUCCGACGUGGUUCAUGAUGAUUCGAUAGAAUUUAUGAAUACUUAUGCCUGGCCUAGAACCAUGAAAUCAUCGAGAAACGAGCCGUUAUAUCUCUUUUGCGAUUCAAUCGAGGAGAAGUUCUUGUUAAUAAAUUUUAGUACCAUGGAAGAACGAUUAUCUUCGAAUCUUGUCUCGAACGAAGAAGAGACUUGUGAUUCGAUAUCGAUAAGAUUAUUAUCUGAAGAUGGGAGUAAUCUCGUUGUAGAAAGACACAGUUGGUUCUUUAGGGAGACCGAAUCAAGAGCACUUAUAUCCAUUUCAACAUCUGGCACUAAGUCGAGUGUACUGGAAUUAGAACCAGGAAGACAUCUUUUGCGUAUUUAUUGCCGUUCGGAGUCACGUUGUUUCGUAUCGAUUUUAUCUGACACAAUUUUUUACGUUGGCGAUCGACUUAGAAUACAUACAUUAAUGAGGACGGAAUCAGUGAGAAUCGAUGUCUUAGUUAAAAACAUUAGCAAUUCCAUAGCUAAAGCAUUUUUGAGUUUCGGUAGUAAAGAUUAUUUCUCGAGUUUGAAGACAUUUUAUCAAAGUUAUAUGCCAGAUUUAACAAACGUUUCGAACAAAAAAGAUAGAGCUUUUUUCAAGAAAAUACACGAGUAUUUCAUAGAAGAGUUAUUGGAUUCGAUCAAAAAGAUAUUCCCAUUGGAAAAGCAUCCUGAAAUUUUAUUCUCUUUGAGAAUCUUUUUUCUAAAUCCUACAAUCGAUUUCGAACAUAGAAGAACUUCGUCGAUUUUGUAUGGUAUUCAAGAAACGUCAUCGUUUAUAGAAAAUGAUUCAAACGAAUCGAUUGGCGAAAUGAUAUCAAUAAAUUAUAAUCAAGCAGCUACCAUCAUUCAAGCAUUCUUUAAGAUGGUGAUCGUUAAGCGUUAUAAAGAGCGACACAAUUCCAAUCACAAGGAUCACUCAAAGAUCUUAACGAGUCUCUUGAUGAUCGUUGAACUUUUCGAUCAUUCUAAUAACGAGUCAUUAGCGUCAACUUUGUUGAGAAAGGUCAUUCAAAAAAAUAACAAAUUUAACGAAGCUUAUCCUUGUUCCAAGGACUUUCAAUACGUAUUACAAAUCCAAGAAUGCAAAGGCACUUUGUUAAACGUUAAACCAGAUCAAUGGAUUCCAAUAACGAGACUAAUUGUGAAUGCUCAAGAAAACGAAACGAUCUUUGGCACGAUACAACUUUUUACAAACUUACCAAGUUACAAUUUGAGAUUAUUCAAUAACGAAACCGGUCGAGAAAUAUGGAGACUCAUUAACAACGUUGCUCCAUCUAAUUAUCCGCAUACGACAGUCGGUUACACGCUCUUCGCUUAUGGCUGGUGCGAUAAUCAAAGAUCAGAAGACACGGAAUGGAUACUUCAUUUUGUUACAAUUAAGGGAAAACCAAUGUUUUAUCAAUUAGCUGACAAGGAACCCAUUUCUUUGGACACGAAAAUACCCGUUUUAAUCGUUGAAGAAACAUUUAACACUUAUAUACCUAAUUCGAUGAAUUUAAUUUCCAAAUGGAUCGUCAAUAUCAUUCGUGACAGUUUAUUGUCGUUUAAAUUGACGAUCUCUUACAAAUUGGCCCAAAUGAAAUUAAGAAUCAUCGAUGAUAAAGAUAAUGUUUUAUUAGAAAUCGAGGGUGGAUUUGUUCUAUGUGUCCCGGUUAUAUAUUUGAGAUUAGAACAAGAAAACGUAAAUAUAGAAAAUUCACGUACUACUUAUUACAUCGAGGCAUUCGUCCUUGAUGAUAGUUGGCCAUUAACUGAUGCUGAAUGGUCAGUGGUAUUAGAGGCAAAGACAAAGAAAAGAAAUGUUCCAGUUCGAACAAAAUCUUCGAGUAUUAAAAUACAAAAAUCCGAUAUGAUAAGAAUGAAACGUAAUUCAAAGCAGCAGAUCGAUCAACACUUGGAUUCGCCUUUUUGGAAAUUUCAAACCAUCAUCGAUGUUAAUAGUGGCAUAGAGAUUAUUCAAGAUAGAAGAAGAGAACAGGAAAUAAUAUCCUUGAAAGAAUCAUGGUCGAAGGAUAAUCCUGAACGACUUCAACGUGGUAAAGAACUCAGAGAAACUUUUUUGGACACUUACAGUUUACAUUCUAUUUCUUUAAAUAACAUAGAGAAAGAAAUAUCUACUGAAAUGAACAAACGUAUGGGAAGACGAAAAAUUCGAGAAUCGAAUAUUUGUGAUCGAUCGUCGUUAACAGAGAAAAUUGUUAUUAGGUUUUUGAAAUAUCCACGAUCUCGUAGCUUCGAUUUACCGAUAUUAGAUUUGAGUAAGUACGAAAAGUCGGAAGAAAAACUGGAAAUAUCUCGAAUUAGAACUAAUUCGGAAAGAGAAAUUUUAAAUGAACAAUUAUAUGCCGAUAUUUCCAAUUUCUUUCUGGAUUAUGAUAAUUUUCUUCAGCGAUUGGAAAAUUGGUCGUUUGAGCAAGUGAGAAAAUAUAAAAAAUUGUGGAACUCUCACGAAGAGAAUUUCUCUCAAAGGAAAGUUCAGCUUGAGGAAGCUUAUGAGAUACGUCAGGCUUAUAUAUCUAGCAUUAAAUCUAUCGACACGCCUAAAAAAGGAAAGAAAGGAGGGAAGAAAAGCGCAAGAACAUAAAAAAGAGC